UGUUGGAGAGCUCGAGCUGCAAGCCACCGAGCGCGAGCUCGAGCGCGGCGCGCUGGCCGGGGAACCCAAGAGCGCACUGCGCCCCAAGCUGGCAGGCGCCGCGGGACCCCCCACCCUCGCCGGCUGCCCUUCCCCGGGCGCCCCUACCCUCCUCGCCCGCAGGAGACCCUGGGCUUUCCCGGAGGAGCUCACCCCAAGGGGCCAGGACUCCGGCGAGCCCGCCACCGUCCCCUCGAGUGCCGCCGCCACCACCGCAGCCGCGGGAGCAGCAUGGUCCAGCUGGGGAAGCUGCUCCGCGCCCUGACUUUGAUGAAGUUUCCCUGCUGCGUGCUGGAGGUGGUUCUGUGCGCGCUGGCGGCGGCGGCUCGCGGCCAGGAGAUGUACGCCCCGCACUCCAUUCGGAUCGAGGGGGACGUCACCCUCGGGGGGCUGUUUCCGGUGCACGCGAAGGGUCCCAGCGGAGUGCCCUGCGGCGACAUCAAGAGGGAGAACGGGAUCCACAGGCUGGAAGCGAUGCUCUACGCCCUGGACCAGAUCAACAGCGAUCCCAACCUGCUGCCCAACGUGACGCUGGGAGCGCGGAUCCUGGACACUUGUUCCAGGGACACUUAUGCGCUCGAACAGUCGCUCACUUUCGUCCAGGCGCUCAUCCAGAAGGACACCUCCGAAGUGCGCUGCACCAACGGCGAGCCUCCGGUUUUUGUCAAUCCCGAGAAAGUAGUUGGAGUGACUGGGGCUUCGGGGAGUUCGGUCUCCAUCAUGGUAGCCAACAUCCUGAGGCUUUUCCAGGUGGGGAAAAUGUACCAGCGUGUAUGCCUACUGGGACCACGUUUUCCAGAACAGUUAAGCCCAGUGUCAACUAUGCUGUCCCACCUUCCUCCCUUAGUGAGAAGAGAGCAGGCUGAAUGGAAGAAAGUCAUUAUGACCACUGGGGCCACUAAGAUGAAGACACUGAGGAAGAGAAAAGUUAAGAAUUUGCCUAUGAUCAGUUAUCCAUCUGUUCAGCCAGUGCACAAAUUACACUGCCCAACUCCAAGAUCAGGACAAAGAAAAGACCUUUAUCAGGACAGUCCUGCUCGCACUUUUAUGGGGCUACUCCUUUGAGUGGCCUCUGGGAACUGCUGGUGGACAACUUAGAGUUUCAUCCCAG